AUGGACUCUCCCUUGACCCAGCAAUCACGGCCAGAUUCGUUUGAGCCAAAAGUCGUUCAACUAUACCUUCAUCUGUUCAAUGUCCUCGCAAAUGAGGAGGUGGAAGAUGCUGUUCCGUCCGAGGGCUUUUGGAGCGAAUUCUUUCUGCUCAAGCCUGAUAAGCAGAAACUGUAUGAUAUCCUUGAGCCCAUGACCGCCUUUGACCUUCUUCAUAUGCAUACACAAAUGCAAGUAUUUUUCAAACGCUCGAUUGCUGAAGCUGGCUCUGCAAUGUCCCCGAGGAAUGAAAAUGCACUCGAAAACUUGACUGCUUUUCUUUGCGCCGUGUUCAACAAGAAAUAUCCGAACCCAAACACAGAUGUGAUUGAAGUGCUGGCCGGUCUCGAUGCGAUUGACAAGUUGAUGUCAGACUUGGUGCAUGGUUUGGAAGCCAUUAUUCGCCAAGGGACCAAGCAAUCAUUUAGAACGAAAGCACUUGAUACGGUAUUGUCUUUGGUUGCUGGUGGGUUUCAUACCAGUCUGGUGUCCUACUUCAUGCACAAAGAUCUGUUUUCUGCCCUGAUGAAGUACAUCCACGACAUCCACGAUAACCACGAUCAUGGCAACGGCCUCAAGGCUCUCGUGGUUGUCGGAGUACUUUCAAGCUACCAUAAGUUUGAAUCCCAGAACGUUUAUCAAAACCGAUUGGAAGAUUUCGUCAAUGAAGAUACGAUUCGGCUCCUCGUCCAGCAAUUUGCCUCAGUCUCAGUACAUAUCCGGGACCAGUAUGUCGACGUCCAGGAUGACCAAACUCCUCCCUGGAACCUCAACUCCACCCUAGCGUUGGUUGGACUCCGCGGCCUUUCUGCCGAUGCAAAGAAGCCGCUGCCUCCAUCAGAAGAUGAGGCAAAGUCUUUGUUUGCUUCUUUGCCCAAGCAUGAUGCCUCGGCAGUCCUCUCCUUGUACUCUUUCGUUCAAGCCAAUAAAUUGUUUGCUGCAAAUCUGUUAAAUGCACCAAGCGACAAAGAUGCAGCAACGCCGUUCUCCAAUUUUCUCUCAUCAACCUCGUACAUUUCGCAUCAUGCGCACAGAGGUCAGCGCCAGGUCACGUAUGCCGUCCUCAGCCUUUUAUCAUUACGCAUCAUGGUUGAGGACCUGUUGCUGGCGAAGAAGAUCUGCUCAGCUGACAAUAAGAUGGCCAUCCGGCUGUGCCGCCAACGACCGCCUUUCCUACCUCUAGUCACACAAGCCAGGGUGCCAGCCACCGCAAUAUUAGACAUAUGCACAGAUGCUCUAAGCCACAACCUUCGAAAAAGACUCGAUGUGCAGCUGUACAGUCUUGCGUUGAGUAUCAUCUUGCGAGUCGUCACGUACCUAGAGAGGUCCAAAAUUCGUCUGCUGCACCACUGGUCGUAUAUUUGGGGGUCGCUUCUGUCGCUGAUGCGAUUUUUGACACAGUAUGCCGCCGAUCUGAAACACCUUCGAGGUAUUCGGGAGAGCCUAUGUGCUACUUUGGCAAGUCUGGCGGCCUUCUGCUUGUCAAAGGGCGAUGGGUUUCUGCCGGACCCGGCCAGUUACGAUGACCUCUUCUAUAAGUUGAUAGAGGCUGACGAUAUGUUGCAAAAGUUCAAGCAGGCAUACUGUGAUCAAGAGUCAUCGUCUGAUACCCUGCGUCGGUCAAUGAAGGCUCUGAUCAGCGUAUCAUCCCACUACCACGAACUCCUCAAGGCCCAACACGGCAAGAAGACGCACCAGUCACCCACAGCAAUCCAGAAAGUAAUCAAGGAAGGAUACGACACAUUGAACUUGGAAGCGGAUGACGACUUUGGGCAAUGGGAACGAUGGCGAGAGAGCAACUGGAAACCAGAGCUGAAAAAGAUGAUUCGGGUUUCGGUGGAAGAUGCGAGGUUGUUAGCUCUCAGCUGA